CAGGGGUCAUGCCUGCCACCUCCACUGAAUCAGGGACCAGCUUCCUGGCCAGGACUCCCAACCUACCUCAUUUUUUCUGCAAGCCUUUGCUCACUGCCUUCCUCCUGUCUAGAGCAUCCUUGAAGGGCCUCAAGUCUCUUCCAUUCAUGACUGGGGAAACUGAGGCCCAGAGAGGUCAGGGCCUCCCCCAGGCACAUGGCACCUGCAUUCUGGGACCUAUCCCCACCCUGGGAGUCCACUUCCUCCAGGGCCAGAGGCAGGAACUGGAAGGCAGGGGCCCUCAAUACUAAAGUCAGCGAGCCCAGAAGUCAGCUGGCCCAGCACAGACACCCUCAGCCCUCACUGAGGUCAGCCCGGCGCCAGGAAAUGUUACUAGAGGAGUUACUAGAAUUUACAAACGUCAUGUGAUGUACAGAGUCCAGCCUCUCCCUCUGGCCAGCCAGGGGACAGUCAAGGGAGGAGGCCAUCUCAUCCAGCGCCUUGUAGAUCCUUGUCUAUCUCCAGAUGUGAGCCCUGGUUCCCUCUCUCACGCACCUGUUCUUCCUCUACAUCAUCCCAGGAGCUUCAGAUCUGUUCCUCCUGGAAAGAUGCAGAAGCUCAUGAUGCUAGUUGCCACAUCAGGUGCCUGCCUGGGCCUGCUGGCAGCAGCAGCAGCAACAGUGGCAGCAGGUGCUAACCCUGCCCAAUGGGACACUCCCAGCCUGCUGCCCAUCCACAGGCGCCAAAAGAGAGACUGGAUUUGGAACCAGAUGCACAUUGAUGAAGAGAAAAACAACUCACUGCCCCAUUAUGUAGGCAAGAUCAAGUCGAGUGUGAAUCGCAAGAAUGCCAAGUACCUGCUCAGAGGAGAGUUUGUGGGCAAGGUCUUCCGGGUCGACGCAGAGACAGGAGAUGUGUUUGCCAUUGAGAGGCUGGACCGGGAGAACAUCUCAGAGUACCACCUCACUGCUGUCAUCGCGGACAAGGACACCGGCGAAAACCUGGAGACUCCUUCCAGCUUCACCAUCAAAGUGCACGAUGUGAACGACAACUGGCCUGUGUUCUCGCAUCGAUUGUUCAAUGCGUCUGUGCCUGAGUCAUCGGCUGUGGGAACCUCAGUCACCUCUGUGACAGCAGUGGAUGCAGACGACCCCACUGUGGCAGACCAUGCCUCUGUCAUGUACCAAAUCCUGAAGGGGAAAGAGUAUUUUGCCAUCGAUAAUACUGGCCUUAUUGUCACAGCAACCAAAAACUUGGACCGAGAGAAGCAGGCCAGGUACGAGAUCGUGGUGGAAGCACGAGAUGCCCAGGGCCUCCGGGGGGAAUCGGGCACGGCCACCGUGCUGGUCACUCUGCGAGACAUCAAUGACAACUUCCCCUACUUCACCCAGACCAAGUAUACAUUUGCCGUGCCUGAAGACACUCGUGUGGGCACCUCCGUGGGCUCUCUGUUUGUUAAGGACCCAGAUGAGCCCCAGAACCGGAUGACCAAGUACAGCAUCUUGCGGGGUGACUACCAGGAUGCUUUCACCAUUGAGACAAACCCCACCCACAACGAGGGCAUCAUCAAGCCCAUGAAGCCUCUGGAUUAUGAACACAUCCAGCAAUACAGCUUCAUCGUCGAGGCCACAGACCCCACCAUUGACCUCCGAUACCUAAGCGUUCCUGCUGGAAACAGAGCCCAGGUCAUCAUCAAUAUCAUAGAUGUGGACGAGCCUCCAGUCUUCCAGCAGCAUUCCUACCACUUCCAGCUGAAGGAAAACCAGAAGAAGCCUCUGAUCGGCACAGUGCUGGCCAAGGACCCUGAUGCGGCUAGGCACAACAUUGGAUACUCCAUCCGCAGGACCAGUGACAAAGGCCAAUUCUUCCGAGUCACAAAAAAGGGGGACAUUUACAAUGAGAAAGAACUGGACAGAGAAGUCUACCCCUGGUAUAACCUGACUGUGGAGGCCAAAGAACUGGAUUCCACUGGGACCCCCACGGGCAAAGAAUCCAUUGUGCAAGUCCAUAUUGAAGUUUUAGAUGAGAAUGAUAACGCCCCGGAGUUUGCCGAGCCCUACCAGCCCAAAGUGUGUGAGAACGCUGCUCAUGGCCAGCUGGUCCUGCAGAUCUCCGCAAUAGACAAGGACAUAACACCACAAAACGUGAAGUUCAAAUUCGCUCUGAAAACUGAGACCAACUUUACCCUUACGGAUAAUCACGAUAACACGGCCAACAUCACAGUCAAGUACGGGCAGUUUGACCGGGAGCAUACCAAGGUCCACUUCCUACCCGUGAUCAUCUCAGACAAUGGGACGCCAAGCCGCACGGGCACCAACACACUAACCGUGGCCGUGUGCAAGUGCAACGAGCAGGGCAAGUUCACCUUCUGCGAGGAUGUGGCCGCCCAGGCAGGUGUGAGCAUCCAGGCAGUGGUAGCCAUCUUACUCUGCAUCCUCACCAUCACAGUGAUCACCCUGCUCAUCUUCCUGCGGCGGCGGCUCCGGAAGCAGGCCCGCGCGCACGGCAAGAGCGUGGCGGAGAUCCACGAGCAGCUGGUCGCCUACGACGAGGAGGGCGGCGGCGAGAUGGACACCACCAGCUACGACGUGUCAGUGCUAAACUCGGUGCGCCACGACGGGGCCAAGCCCCCGCGGACCGCGCUGGACGUCCGGCCGCCCCUCUACGCCCAGGUGCAGAAGCCGCCGCGCCACGUGCCCGGGGCACACGGAGGGCCUGGGGAAAUGGCAGCCAUGAUCGAGGUGAAGAAGGACGAGGCGGACCACGACGGCGACGGUCCCCCCUAUGACACGCUGCACAUCUACGGCUACGAGGGCUCCGAGUCCAUCGCCGAGUCCCUCAGCUCCCUGGGCACCGACUCCUCCGACUCCGACGUGGAUUACGACUUCCUUAACGACUGGGGACCCAGGUUCAAGAUGCUGGCCGAGCUGUACGGCUCGGAUCCCCGGGAGGAACUGCUGUAUUAGGCGGCAGAGGCCACUCUGGGCCUGGAGGCCCAGAGCCAGGCACCACAGCCUGCAAAAAUGGCACUGACUCCUCAGCCCAGCCCCCUUUCCUCGUGGGUCCCAGAGACCUCAUCAGCCAUGGGAUAGAAAACUCUAGGUCCCUGAACAAUCUGGGAACAUAUGUCAGUGAUGGCUAUUCUCAAAUGCUGGCAAUUCCAGGCUGGUGUUCUGUCUGGGCUCAGCCAUCCACAUAACCCUGUCACCCACAG